GUUAUGGAUAAUUAAUUUGGAGAGCGUAUUUACGAUCUGUGUAAACUAAACCUUUCCUUUUCAUAUUUGUUGGAUUGUCAGCUUCAACUGAUUCCUUAUUUUCUAUGCUCUGACAUGUUUUGAAGUAGCCUAUAAUAUUGGAAAAAUUGUGAUUUAUAAUAAGCUGAGAGAAGAUGAAAGACACUUCUGAAAUGGAUUUGAGGCCAGUUACCAACUUGUAUUCUUCAAGAAUAGCUGAAUGGAAAGACAGAGAGUUACAGUUGUCUCGAUUACAUGAGGAAAUAGUAGGAAAGAGGGAGACUCACUUGAAUUACAGUUUAGCUUACUCCAAAAACAGAGCAACGAGACUCCAAACCACUGAGCUUGUAGAUAUAGAAAAAGCACGUCAGAGGAAUGAAAAAUACUUACAGGAUUUAAUGUCAAUUAGUGAGAACUUAAAGGUGGAGGGAGACAACCCAGUUAGUCCCAGACUGGCCACUCUUCAGGUAUGUAGAGACGCUAAAAGACAGAAUUGGAGCCUCAAACUCAGAUUACUGUAA